UUGCCAGCGCUCCUGAUGCCGCCGGGGAAAGCUGCUAUUUGUUCCACGCCGAGAGAUGUCGGCUGUGAGAAGGAGGAGAGUGAUGUCUGCUCCAUUCAAGUAGAGAAUGAGCCCCCGCAUCUCCAGGACGGACCGGCAGCCGGGGUUCCACUCUUGCCUGAGGCACAAGAAGCCACUCGGCACAAGCAGGGGGAUGCCCCUUGUGAGCGCGCAGUGAGUGAAGAUGUGGAGAGUGGAUUCUGCAGCAGGGAUGGGAGUGUGAGGGAGCCCCUGGCUGCCCAGGGCACAUCAGCAACCGGCAACGAACACAAAAGGGACCUCAGAAGAUUCCUGGGUGAACGGCUCAGGCGCCAUCCCGAGGGCACGGCGCUGCUGAUCCUGCUGCUGCUGCUGCUGCUGCUGGCUCUGCUGGUGGCCUUGGCUGUGCUGGCAGCUCCGCAGGCUCCAGUGACAGCUGCCACUCCACAGUGUGUUCUGGGCUGUCCCUUUGACUGGAUUGGGCACAAGGGGGUCUGCUACUACUUCUCAAGGGAUUACGGCACCUGGGAGCAGGGUCAGGAACGCUGCUCCGAGCUGAACGCCUCCCUGGCCAUUGCCAAGGAUGAGGAGGCCAUGGAUUUGCUCUUCCGCCUCCGCGGGAACGGCGAUUACUGGCUCGGGCUGCGCAGACGGGGCCAGCGCCUGCACUGGGGGGACGGCAGCAGCUACAGCUCCCGGGUUCCUGUCCUCGGCAAUUCCGACUGCGUGUACCUGGCUGAGAAGAAAUUCAGGAGUGUGAUGUGCUCAAAUCCACAGCCGUAUGUCUGCAGCAAGGCCCAAGCUCCCCUGUGACGGGGGCUGCAGAAAGGAGCUUCUCCACGCUGGGCAGUGCCAGCUUCCCCUCUCAGCGCAGCCCAGGGCUGUCCUUCCUCAGCUGCACCCUGUGCCUUGCACUGCCUCUCAGGGUCACCUCAGUGCCUGUCCAUGCCCAGAGCCAGCGCUGGGCUGGGG